UUUGCAGUCAAUCAGUCAGUCGUUUCAUUUACUUUCUGAUUGUUGUCUCGUGUCUUCUCAAUUAAAGUGAUUUUUUUUUUAUAUUCAGACAUUCACGACAUAGUGAUUCCUUUCGAUUCAGUAAAGUCUAACUUUACUCUGUACCUAUCAGCGUCGCUUUUUUAUUAACGUGAAAAUAUAAAAAGUUUAUUUUAAUGGACUUAUGACGGCUCGACGCACUUCUCAAAAAACAUAAAGGUUUAAUAAAACGUACAGUAUAAAGUUUAUCAAAGCGGUGUUAAACUUUUCAUAAAGUGACAAAGGAUAUAAGUGAAUAUUUUUGUUGGUUUCCUGUAAUCGUUAACAAUUUUGCCACAAUGCCCACAAGUGCCGUUUAUCAGCCAACAACAGUCACGUAUGAGCAGCAACCAAGCGAUCAGAGAUGGAAUUGCCCCAUGAGCUACUUCUCACGUCGUGUGACAAGCAGCCUCAAUAGAGCAGUUUGUGUACGAAUUGGUUUAUGCCUUCUGGGAAGUACACUUUUCAUCAUAGGUUUGGCGCUGCUCAUCGCAGGUGGCGUUCAGUACUCCAACUCACCAGAGUCCACCACUCCUGAAACUUCUGAAAGUGGUGUGGGAACCCUCAUAGCGGGUGGUGUCAUCCUCUGCCUUGGACUACUGUUUGCUGGUGUCGGCGGGUGGGCCUGGUCAUCGAGGUGGGGAGGUGGGAAAGAGGCUCCGGCGAGUGGAGCUGCCGCCCUCACAGCUCUGAAUCCCUCAACGGACCCGCUGGUCGCAGCGCAGUACGCACCGGUACGAGACGCGCCGCCCGCACCCGACGACGAGACACGCAACCUCAUGGACAAUAAAGAAUGUUUAAGCAGCGCUGAAGAAAGCGAUAAAAUGCUUGAUGGUCGACCUUCAGUGGCGUAAGAGAAAAUAACGUACAGCGACGAUAUUUUAUAUUUUGAUUGAGCUUAGGCUAGUCCUAUAAAGUGUCCCCCUAAUUGUAAAACGUUCGAAUGGUAGUAUUGGUACUUUAAAUAUUAGGCAAUAAGUAUAAUGCUGAAUUUAUUUUUUUGAUACUAGGACAAUAGUGAUGUUCCAAUAUUAAUUGUAUCUUACAGUGUAUUCCAUGUAAUGCUUGUAUACAUUUUUUGGUACAAAUAUUGAUUUACUUAGUAAAUCAAUAAAAGCAAACGGCCUUGUGAAGUUUUGUCGAAGUUACAUUUAGGCAUCUUUUUAAUUAAAGCAUUUUCUUUUGCUAUUGUAUGACAAUAUCAGUUGGAAGAUGUCAAUUAGAGAUUUUUUUCAAAAUCAAAAAAGCACAAAAAUUGUGUAAUAUUAUUUAUUGACUUAGUAGGUACCUAUACGUACACACGCUAGGUAUUAAUUACUUAAGUAUUCUUUUUAAGUGUUCAAAAUAACAAUAUUAUUACAAAAUUUUCUUAUAAUCGUAUAUAAUGUUCGUAAUAUAAUAAUAUACACCUUAGGUGUCGUAUAACUUGUGUUGCUACAUUGUAUAAUGAAGCUUUGGUAUUUGUCUUAAUAAUACAAGUAAUUAGUAAAAGACAUGUGGCCAAAUUAUCGUCCAGACCUAGAAGUAAAUGUGAAUAUUUACCUACGUAUUUAUUAUUAAUCUCUAUAGGAUAUCAAAUAUCGCAAUCUCAAAACAAAUAUAAUUCUCAUUUAUAUCCACAUGUUUUGUGUCGUAGAGUCAAAAUUCUAAUAUUUUUUAUUUAUUUUAUUAGAUUGUAAGUUUUGGAUUGUUUAUUAUAAUAAUUAUACCUACCUAUAAGCUAAAUUAUAUGACGAAAAGACGAAUUAAGUUCAACGUUUUGGUUUUAACAUUUGUGAAUUUCUAAACAACCAAUGUAACGAUGUUGUUAUGUUUCUUCAGGGUAAAACGGGAUCGUAGUACUAGCUACUUUUGGAGCUGGUUAUGAGAUGCUAUGAGCAUCUCAUGAGAUGUCUAUUUUCUAAAUAACUAGCUCCAUUAUUUUUUUUAUACUUUCUGAAUUAAACCAUUUCUUUUAAUUAGUACAAACAUGUAUUUUAUAUACAUAACCGAGAUCUGAACUUGGAUGCUAAUUUGUUGUCAAGCAUUUAAAAUUUAUUUUUGUUAGUAUCUAAGGAUCGGCACAGACGAGGAUUCCUGUCGUUUAUUACACAUAUAGGCGUUUAAAAUGAACAAAAACUUAUAUUGCAAAUGUAUAGGAAUCGUAUAAGUAUCUAUACACAAAAAGGAACAUCAUCCGUGAUUAAAAAGACCCAUCGUCUGUACAGAUUUUAAUACAUAAUCUAGGAAAUAAAUUGUCAUAAGCCGCCAUAAUUUUUUGAACGUCUUCUCAUAGAUGAUUUUUUCUUUGACACCGUCCCUUAGGUUAAGGUUGAUGACAAGUAGUAAUGUAUAUGUGAAUUCAUAGAGAGUACCGGGAAUGCGUUCCAGAAUUAUAUCUUUACGCAAUACAGCCUCUGGAAUAUUUAUGAUAAGAAUUGAGUAGGCAUUUAAAUGAGUUAUACACUAAUCCUCAAGAGUACUUUGUCGUAUAUAUUGCUCUCUCUCUCAUAUAAUCAAAAUAUUAUAAGUACUUACUUCAGUUCUGUUUGAAAUUUCUUUUUAUAUCAACACAAAGGAAUAAAAUUUAAUUAUUUUACCAUAUAUUAUGUAAUAGAAUAAAUAAUAAAAGAUGUAAAUAAUUGAAGCAAAUAAAAUAUAUAAAGCAUAUAAUGAUAAAAUUUAAGAAUUCUUGACGUUUUGUUAGAACAGUUUAUUUAUUUUUGUUCUACAAAUAAAUGUUUAUAUAAUUAUUGGUGACAGAUAUAUAUUGGAUAAAUCUACACAAGAUGACAUUUUUUCGGCUACUUUUAUUGUAAUUUUUAUUUAUUGAAAUAUAUUUGUGUGAUAAUUUUCUUUUUAGGUAAUAAAAGUUUUACUAAUAGAGAAAAUAAAUUGUCAUCCUCUA